ACUUUGACUUUCUAAGUUUCUGUGAUAUAAAUCACAAUCACUGCUGAUAUGAGAAUGUGACAGUCGUUUUAAAAAGAUAUAUUGACUCAUAAAUCAUAAUGGUGAGAAAACUAAAGUUUCACGAGAAGAAAUUACUCAAGAAAGUUGACUUCAUUUCAUGGGAUGUCGACAAUAAUUUACAUGAGGUCAAAAUAUUGAAGAAGUAUUACAUCCAGAAGAGAGAAGACUACACAAAGUACAAUAAACUAUCAAGGCAUAUUAGAGAGUUAGCCAGGAAAGUUAAAGAACUGGAUCAGAAGGAUCCAUUCAGAGCAGAAGCCACCUCACAACUCAUAGAAAAACUGUACAAUAUGGGUCUGAUAGAGACAAAGAGAAGUCUAGAACUUGCUGACAAAGUGAAUGCUACAUCCUUCUGUAGGAGAAGGUUACCAGUGUUAAUGGUCAAGACCAACAUGGCACAAACUCUGAAGGCAGCUACUACUUUUAUUGAACAGGGACAUAUAAGAGUAGGCCCUGAAGUUGUGAAGGAUCCAGCUUUUUUAGUUACCAGAAAUAUGGAGGACUUUGUUACUUGGACAGAUACUUCAGCCAUUAGAAAACAUGUACUGGACUACAAUGAAAUGAGAGACGAUUUUGAUUUGAUGAAUUAAUCAUGGGCAGAUUCUUUGUAAUUUGUACAGUCAUUUGUAAAUAAAUCUCAUGUCCAUUGAUA